AUGAAGGUGCUCGCCCACAAGAUCCAGCGCUCCGAGCCCCACGACUCGGUGGCCAGCCUGGCAUGGAAGGUGCUCGCCCACAAGAUCCAGCGCUCCGAGCCCCACGACUCGGUGGCCAGCCUGGCAUGGAAGGCCACGCUGCAGAAGUAUGAGGCCGACCACGCGCAGCUUCUGACCGAGCUGGUCCCCAUCCGCAAGGACACCAUGCAGCUCCUGGCCCCGGACUGGCGCUACUCGCGGCGCUACUCGGACUUGCCGGGGGCGGUCAACUGGCGCAAGGAGUGGGUCCGGGCCCUCGACGAGCGGGUCUGGAGGCCGGUGCGGGCGCAGUGA